GUGGCGUGGCAGGUGCGUUGGUAAUCGUAGUAUUAUGUAGUGCUUUUUGCUAUACGGCACAUUUGUUGUCCGAGAAUUGGACAAUAAUGUGUGAACGAUGGAGCGAGUACACGGAGCAUUGUAGGAAACCUUAUCCUGAGAUGGCCUAUCGCGCAAUGGGCUCAAACGCUAGAUCAUUCUGUUCAGCAACUCUAAAUAUUAUGUUGUUCGGUGUAUCAGUGGUAUUCUUGCUACUUUCAUCACAUAUCAUCAACGAUUUCAUCACAUCCAUAAUGGGUCAUUCAAUUGGACUUUGUUACAUUGUCCUCAUUGUUGCCACACUCUUAUGGCCAGUCACCUUGCUCAAGUCACCUCAAGAUUUCUGGUGGGCCAUCGUUGUCGCCAUGCUCACAACGGUGUUUUCGGUGAUUUUGAUCGUUGUCGGAACGGCUCGAGACUAUGGCAGUUGUGAACCGGUUGCGUAUAGGCCACCAUUUCAGUGGAGUAGUUUGAUGUUGUCGUUAGGAACGUUCAUGUUUGCGUUCGGUGGUCAUGCUGUAUUUCCGACCAUUCAACACGAUAUGAAAAAACCAAAGCAUUUCACACGCUCAGCUAUUGUUGCGUUCAGCAUAGUCACAGCUAUGUACGCACCGAUCUCAUUUUUGGGCUAUUUCACUUAUGGUGACAGUCUUGGAGAAUCGAUCAUUAGUUCGAUUCAGACUGAAUGGAUCAAGAGUGCUGCAAAUCUACUGAUAGCGAUGCAUUGUAUUUUGACGCUAACCAUAAUCAUAAACCCGCUGAAUCAAGAAGUUGAACACCUGUUCGACAUUCCGCAUCAUUUUGGAUGGCAACGUUUAGUUGUGCGUUCAUGCGUUAUGCUUGGUAUUGUCUUUACGGCCGAGUCAAUCCCAAAAUUUGGUCCUAUUCUGAACGUGAUCGGCGGGACAACUGUAGCGUUGACGUCUGCCAUUCUACCAGCACUUUACAAUUUGUAUCUGAAAGCGUUGACCAUUGAUACGGUCACCAAGAAGUACAGACGACCAACCUUUGUUGAGGUAAUCGAAAAAACACCAAAAACAAGGCUUCUCAUCAAUAUCGCCAUAAUUGUGCUAGCUGUGAUCUGUGGUGCGGCCACAACGCAUACGGCUAUUCUUGAGAUGGCUUCAACACGUUUCAUGGUUCCCUGUUAUGCCAGAUACUUCACCGAUUCACACAGCCAACCGGAUGCACUCACCCAGAGCGCUAUUGAAAGUUCACUGCAUUGUUGUGGUCAUUUCAGGAAUAUCACCUCAUUGCUGCAUCUUCACAAUUCCUCUUCAUUAUGCGCCCCAUACUGA